AUGGCUGGACACGGGACUGCAUCCGACUUUCCGAAGCUGCUCAAGGAGUUCGCGUUCUUUCCGUACAGAGGUCCCACACUUCCACAAAUUGAGGCGCAAAGUAGGGCGUGGCCUAAUGUCCUCUCCGAACUGGCUCAUCUAGCUGAAAAGGAAGACUGGACUGGAACAAAGGCUGAUGGCACACCUGCGACACCAGAAAAUCAGAUCCUCAACAAUUACAUAUCGUAUACUUAUCAGCGGCUUGUGAUCCAGGAGAAGAUUACAAUUUCCGAUAAUGGAGAAUACGUGACCUUCAACACCGGUCUCCUAGAUUUACACGAGCAGAAGAUCUUUGGCUUUUUCCACAGAAACAGAAAGGCACAGGCAGGGAAGCAGGACUGGCUCUUCAUCAGAUGGGUUGUAGAAUCGGAUCGCGAUUUUAUGAACAAUUUUAGCAUUCCACCCAACAUGGCCGAGUACGUAACUGCUUCGGCUGAUCUGGUUUACGAUUACCGUCGACAACUCGUAUUGGACUACGCUCAUGUCCUGGUCGAUAAUCUCGACCGCUUUCCACUCGAUCUGCAAAAGCACCCUUGUAGAGCGAGAAUGGGACUCGAUGCGGCCGUGGCCCGGACUCUGAAGCGAUUACGCCGGAACUAUAAGCUUGCCAUUCCCCAAUGGUAUCCCAGGCUCGGUAAAGAAGGAGCCCAGCUCUUGCUGCCAUUGGAUCUGACCGGCUCGGGCACUGCUGACCUUGCGCUCGUCGUAGGAACGGCUGGUGACAGGUAUCGCGCCGGCACUGUUUUAUCACUUGAGAUGGCCUACUCAAACGCGAGAUUGGUGGCACGACCGGAUAGUGAAUGGUUGCAGCCUUUGUCGACGACUACGACAACUGUAGAUGAUCAGCUUGAUCCAACGAGUCUCAAUAUUGGCACCAAAAGAGAGCAUGACUCUUCGUGGGAAAGUGGCCGUAAACAGACUCUGUCACCACAGGCGCAGCAGGCCUUGGUAUACGGGCGACGAUGA